CUGACUUUUGGGAUUAGUUGGCAAAAGUAUAUAUAUAUUGCUCAAGUUUGCUCUACGGCCACAAAUUUAUUAAGUGCUGAGAUAGUGGAGUGUCUGUGAUAGUGAAAAGUUUUGGGUCCAGUCGCAGGCUCGUGUGAGGCCCAGUUGAGGGGUGAGCGGCCAGAAUGGAAGUUAUUCAGAAGGCGGCCGUGGAGGGCAAGACGGUGUACGCACCGCGCAGCGAAAGUGACCUGAGGCCGGCGGCGUCAGAAGGUCCGAAGACACCGUCCGGGUCGGCGGAGCGCCAAAGAGCCACGUUCAAGAAGUCUCACACCUGCGGCAGUCUCUUCGCCAACUGCGAGUGCGACCUGCGAGACGAGUGCAGGAAUAAGACGCGCAAGAAGAUCUUCCAGUCCUUCUCGCAUCCCGACACAGCCUUCAUCUUCACUGACGAGAAAACUCAGGUGAAGGACAGCAAAGUCGCUCAGCGAUCGCGAGUUAUUAGCACACGAAAUGGCAUCCUGGCGCUGCCUGGACGUGAGAAGCGCCAGUCCACGCCGAGCCUGGGCAACUUCACCGUCCAUGACGUGGUUAUUCACCCAGAAGUUGUUCUCAAGGUGUGUCGCCAGGAUCCAGUAACGCCCACCAACUCUCCCAACCAGGCCUUCUUCACUGACCACCUCAAGAGCCAACUGAAGCAGAUCCGCCCGACGAAGACGCGCAACGACUCUGUCCAGUCCGAUCAAUCCACCUCAUCAGAUCGCCGAGCGUCGCUGGCCAAGUCGGACUCCAGCUUCGACGAGGACGUGGAGAAACCCUUCGAUUUCGUCCUCGGCGACAGUCCAGAGAAGAUGGGCUCCGUGCUGGGCGGCAUGCUGAAGAGGAACUCCAAAGUGGGAUCGCUCGUCACUGACGGCCUGCAGUUGAAUAUGCAAGAUGGGAAAGCAUUAAAGCGAGUGGGCAGCAAGGAGACAUUCGGAUCAGCUGUGAUUCCAAAUGAGUACGAUUAUUAUCACAAGGUAUCAUCACAUUCCACCGAUUGGCACGAGAGAUCCCAGCACUUGGAGGAUGAAAUGGCAAAUCUGAGGGAAUUGCUGAAGAACCGCGACAAUGAGAUCGACAAGCUGAGGCGGGAAGUGCACAAACUGAAGAGCGUUCUUCAGCAAACAACCAGCCACAUUCGCAUGGGCGACGGGGAUCUCCUGUCCAGCCUGCAGACGCAUCACUGCAUGGCUGCCCAGCAAAACCGCGCUUGCUGUUCAGGCCCAGAGGUGAAGAAGCUCGACCGGCAGGACUCGAAUCGGGGCCAGCGGCCAAGAUUCGAAUCCGCCCCAGUGACUGCCAUUAAGAAGCAGGGCGUGUCCGGUGAGAGUUCAGACGGAGCUGCCCAGCAAUCGCGUGACAUAAAGAUUCCGAAGUAUGAAAAGGACUUCCGGUCGAAGCAGCUUAUCAAGGACGCUAUCAUGGAUAAUGACUUCAUGAAGAACAUUGAUUCGCUGCAGAUCAGAGAACUGGUUGAGUCCAUGUACAGUCGAGAGAUUCCAGCUGGUGAAUAUGUCGUUCGCGAAGGCGAGGCCGGAUCCCAUCUCUAUGUUGCCGCCGAAGGGGAGUUUGAAGUGAUCAAGGAUGGCAAGAUCCUGGGCACAAUGGGAGCUGGUAAAGCCUUCGGAGAGCUGGCCAUCCUCUACAACUGCACGCGCACCGCCUCUAUCCGCGUCCUAAGAGAUUCUAGAGUCUGGGUGCUCGAGCGACGCCUCUUCCAGCAAAUCAUGAUGCGAACUGGACUUCAGCGAAUUGAGGAGAAUGUGAAGUUCCUCAAGUGCGUUCCACUGCUCAAAAAUUUGAGCCACGAUGUCCUCUGCAAGAUUGCUGAUGUGCUGGAAGUCGAGUUCUAUCCUGCGAACUCUUUCAUCAUCCGCCAAGGCGCCAGUGGAGAUACAUUCUACCUCAUCAGUCAAGGUAGCGUUAAGGUCACCCAGCGACUGCCCGGCACAACAAUCGAGGAGGAGAUAAGAGUUCUUCACCGCGGAGACUACUUUGGAGAGCAAGCUCUGAUCAAGGAGGACAAGCGCACAGCCAACAUUGUGGCUCAGUCUCCGGGAGUUGAGUGUCUCACCCUGGAUCGAGUGUCCUUCAAUCAGUUGAUAGGGGAUUUGGUUGAACUGCACGAUAUCGAUUAUGGAGAUGAAAAUCGAUUGAUUGCUUUCAAGCAGUCUGAAAGAAAGCUUCUGGGCUUUGAACGAUUGGACAAGCAAGAACUGCUUGAUGUUAAAUUGUCAGAUCUGGAAACUGUCGCCACCCUAGGAGUGGGUGGAUUCGGUCGUGUUGAACUGGUGAAGCACGUUCGUGAUGGAAAAAUUGAGAGCUACGCUCUGAAGUGUCUCAAGAAGCAGCACAUCGUUGAAACACAUCAGGAGGAUCAUGUUUUCAGCGAACGCAUCAUUAUGCUGUCCUGUCAAUCACCCUUCAUCUGUCGCCUAUUCAGAACCUAUCGGGACAGCAAAUACGUCUACAUGCUGCUCGAAGCGUGCCUGGGCGGAGAAAUUUGGACAACACUCCGAGAUCAAGGAUACUUCAGUGACGCCACCACUCAGUUCAUCAUUGGGUGUGUGCUGCAGGCCUUCGAAUACCUCCAUGCCAGGGGAAUCGUGUACAGAGAUCUGAAACCUGAGAAUCUCAUGCUGGACUCCAGUGGAUACGUGAAGUUGGUAGACUUUGGCUUUGCCAAGUACAUCGGCUACAGCAGCAAGACAUGGACCUUCUGCGGCACCCCUGAGUAUGUGGCGCCGGAAAUCAUCCUGAACAAAGGACACGAUCGCGGAGUUGACUUCUGGGCACUGGGGAUUCUGAUCCAUGAACUUCUGACAGGAGCGCCUCCUUUCACGGCGAACGAUCCUAUGAAGACCUACAAUAUUAUCCUCAAGGGAAUCGAUAUGGUGGACUUCCCCAGACACAUGAGCCGGACUGCCAUUGGCCUUAUCAAGAAGCUUUGCCGGGAUGUGCCCGUUGAGCGACUGGGUUACCAAAAGGGCGGUUUUGAGGACAUCAAGAAGCACAAGUGGUUCCAAGGCUUCGACUGGGACGGCUUGAUCAACCAGACCCUGGGAGCUCCAAUUGUGCAGCCAGUCGAGGGUCCCCUAGACGUGUCCAACUUCGACAAGUUUCCCAUUGACAGCGCAAUUCCUCCAGAUGAAUGUUCGGGCUGGGAUGCUGAUUUCUGAUCAUGGCUCAUCCUUCACACACAUGUGGCCUUCCUAGAGAACCUAGCAAUACAGAAAUACUUUACAUUUACAUCUAUUCCACAGAAAUGGAUAUUAUUAAAUGCUUGUAUGAAAAUUUUAA